AUGUCGAAGCAGACAUACAGCGUGUGCUUCUGCUGGAGGCGGCGGUUCAAGCUGGCCCUGGCGGAGGCGCCGUCGGAGAUCAAGACUCUCUUCGAGGAGUACUCCGAGAAUGAGAUCAUGACGCCUUCGCAUCUGAAAAGGUUCCUGGUUGAAGUGCAAAAGCAAGAGAAGGCCACUGAAGAAGAUGCGCAAGCCAUCAUCGACAGCUUCAGGCAUUUCCAUCGCAGAGGCGUUGGCCUCAACCUCGAAUCUUUCUUCAAGUACCUCUUCGGUGAAGACAACCCUCCUCUUCUUCCUUCUCAUGGGGUGAACCACAAUAUGAAUUUACCCUUGUCACAUUAUUUCAUAUAUACUGGGCAUAAUUCCUAUUUAACUGGGAAUCAGCUGAGCAGCGACUGCAGUGAUGUACCCAUCAUAAAUGCACUGAAGAGAGGUGUGAGGGUGAUUGAAUUGGACAUAUGGCCUAAUGCAGCAAAGGAUAAUAUAGAUGUUCUUCAUGGAAGAACAUUGACUACUCCUGUAGAGCUCAUCAGAUGUUUAAGAUCUAUUAAGGAAUAUGCCUUUGUGGCAUCAGAAUAUCCAGUUGUAAUAACCCUAGAAGACCACCUGACACCGGAUCUUCAGGCUAGAGUGGCUGAGAUGGUUACACAAACUUUUGGAGACAUUCUAUUUACUCCUAACACCGAUAGUGUGAAGGAGUUCCCUUCUCCUGAAUCACUUAAAAAGAGGAUUAUUAUAUCAACCAAACCACCUAAGGAGUACCUUGGGGCAAAUGAAAAAGGUAAAGGGGAUGAUUCACAUGAAAAGGUAAAGGGGGAUGAUUCACAACACCGAAAGCCAUCAGGAGAGGAUGAAACUUGGGGGAAGGAAUUUCCUAGCUUGAAAGGUGGUACUCUGGAUGAUUUCAAGGACUACAAUGUGGAGGAAUAUCUUAAUGAUGAGGAAGAAUCUGAUGAAUUAGAUAAGUCACAACAUAAUGAAGCUCCAGAAUAUAGACACCUAAUCGCCAUUCAUGCUGGGAAGCCUAAAGGUGGAUUAGAGGAAUGCCUCAAAGUGGAUCCUAAUAAAGUGAGACGUCUGAGUUUAAGUGAGCAACAGCUUGAGAAGGCUGCUAUAAAUCAUGGAAAGCAAAUUGUCAGGUUUACACAGCGGAAUAUUUUGAGGGUGUAUCCCAAAGGUACACGCAUUGACUCAUCAAAUUAUAACCCAUUAAUUGGGUGGAUGCAUGGAGCUCAAAUGGUUGCAUUUAACAUGCAGGGUUAUGGUAGAUCUCUUUGGUUAAUGCAUGGAAUGUUCAGAGCCAAUGGAGGGUGUGGUUAUGUUAAAAAACCAGAUUUUCUAUUAAAUUCUGGUCCAGAUAAUGAGGUCUUCGAUCCUAAAGCCAAGUUACCUGUGAAGACUACUUUGAAGGUAACUGUAUAUAUGGGGGAAGGAUGGUAUUAUGAUUUCAAGCAUACACACUUUGAUCAAUACUCACCUCCAGACUUCUACACAAGAGUGGGGAUUGCUGGAGUCCCUAAUGAUACUGUAAUGAAGAGAACAAGGGCAAUAGAGGAUAAUUGGUUACCUACAUGGAAUGAGGUAUUUGAGUUCCCUCUUACUGUUCCAGAGUUGGCCUUGCUUCGCAUAGAAGUUCAUGAGUAUGACAUGUCUGAGAAAGAUGACUUUGGUGGACAAACAUGCCUACCAAUCUGGGAGCUAAGAAGUGGCAUUCGAGCAAUUCCACUGCAUAGCCAAAAAGGAGAGAAAUACAACUCUGUAAAGCUUCUCAUGCGCUUUGAGUUUAUUAAUUGA